UGUUUUACACUUCUUAGAAGCUGUACCAUACAUUAAAUCACAAUUAAACCAUUUAUUAGUGUUUUAAAAAAGGUGUUGACUAUGACUUUAGUAAAAAGGAUUAUUCUCCAAGAACCUCCUCUGGAUUUUGUUAGCCUUUUCUUUCUUUGCAUUUAAGGUAUAGUGCUAAUAAAUUAAACAAUACUUUCCAAUAUGAGCGUACGAAGGAGUAGACGUUUGAGAGAACAAAGUGAUGAUGAAGUGGUGGAAGUGAUACCACCAGAAUCACACGAAACAUCAGAAGAGGGAAUGGAAGUUGAAGAAUUAUUUUCAUCUCCAGAAACAAGAGCCAAAAUUACAGACUUCAGUACACAAACCACGCCUGGUUUACUUAAAAAUGGUCCAUUGGCCACUGUACCUUGUGAAGAAAUCAAACCACCCACAUACAAUAAUUCAGAUGAUGAUGAUCAAACUUGUCCUAUUUGUUUUGAAGAAUGGACCAACUCUGGUGCACAUCGGUUAGCUUCAUUAAAUUGUGGCCAUCUAUUUGGAAGAAGUUGUAUUGAAAGAUGGUUGAAAGACCCUAAAAAUAAAUGUUGUCCACAAUGCAAAUGUAAGGCAAGACGAAGAGAUAUUCGCAACAUUUUUGCUAAAUCUUUGAAAGCUGUGGAUACAUCAGAACAAGACCAAGCAAAACAAAGACUUAUAGAAGAAAAGUACAAACGAUCAAAAGCUGAAGAAGGUGAAGCCAAAGCUAUUUUGCAGUGUCAGCUGUUACGUGCCGAAAUGGAAAAAUUAAAGAAGCAAGUUGAACUGGUGUCAUCAUCGGGCAAUGUGUCAACAUCUUGUGACAGACAACCAUUGGCAUCUGUAAGCAGUACCCCAGGUCUAUUAGGUCAGGAAUUACUCCAACCACAGCGAAUUCAAACAAGGUCAUCAACACUAACAAAAAUCACUAAAAAGUACACUUUCCAGAAAAGCUUACAAGUAUCACAGAAAGAAGCACGUGUGUUGGCGUACGAUAGAACGCAUAUGUUGAUGGUAGUAUCCAAACCUUCUCCCAAUCAAUUGUUUGCAGGCUAUGGAAUACUGAAGGUUUGUUCGUUAGAAUCACGUUCUAGCGAGUACAUUCGAAUACAUCAGAAGCCGAUACGAGAUGCAAAGUUUAACAACACUGGUGACCAACUUAUCUUGACAGCAUCCAUUGAUAAAACGUUAAAAAUGACGAGUGCCCUCAACAACAGUAGUGUGUUAAGUUAUACCUGUCCUGGACCUGUAUGGGCAUGUGCGUGGAAUGAUUCCGAUAAUAACUACGUGUAUGCUGGAUUACAAAACGGAACAUGUCUAAUAUACGAUAUUCGAAAUCCGGGUGAGACAUUAGACUCGAUAAAACCUCGACUUGGUGUUCCGUGUCCAAUCGUGUCUCUGGCGUAUGUUCCUACGGGAAACUCAAACGCUGCAUUCAGGUGUGAAGGCCUACUCGUUGGCACUCUACAAGGCGGCUGGUUUGCUCGAAAUGUAGAUGAUUCCACGUACACUGAUCAUCAAUUGUUGUUUCCUGAAGGUUCGUGUUCUGGUCUGUAUUUUGAACCAAAGACAAGACACUGUUUGUUAUCGCAAAGGCCUGGUAAAAAAUCAAUUCGAACAAUGCAUACGGUAUGCCAUUUAUCGGGUGAUGCAUCCGAUGAAAAUCCCGUGCAAGUGGAUGUUGUGAAACAAUGUUAUGGUGGUAAUCGAGCCCAAUCAUUAACCAGGUCACAUCUAUUUGCUUGUCCUGACUAUCCAACCAGGUUAAUGAUUUGCGCUGGCGACGAGUCUUCAUCUUCCACGAUUGUAUGGGAUGGCGAUCACGGCAAUGAGCUUCAAAAGUUACCUAGCAACGGUGGAACUGUAUUUGAUGUAAUGACUUUUAGUGCAUACGAGUCUAAUUUUCUGGCCACGCUUACCGAACAAAAAUUAAGUUUUUACCAAUGGCCGUAAUGUUAGUAGGAACAUGCUGUGUUGUUGUUAUUAUGGGGAUAACGAGAGCUUCUAAUGGAGAUUUAUGUUUGAAUGUUUAUAAUGUGGGAGAUAUUUUGUCGUAUGCAAUCUGGUGUUAAAUUGACCGAAAUAUGGGAAGCCUUAAAGGUGUGAAGGAGGCUAUAAAGCACGAUAAUGCAAAAAGUAUUAUUGACGAUUUUGUAAUAGUUCGGUCUAUGCAUUGUACUAUAUAAACCGAAAUUUUAAUUCUUAAAAAAAAUUUGUGGAAAUAAAUUGUAGGUUUGAGGCCAUCUGUCA